UAAUAAGACUGUCCCAGUUGGGAGGAGGCUAAGUGAUAAAGGUAAUGUUCUCUUGGAGAACAGUUUAUUUCUCAUACGAUAUCUGCUAAGAACUAUUAAGAAUUAACAUUCUUUUUUUUUUAUUGGUGAAAGAGUGCUGUACAGAAAGUGCUGUAGCACAACUAUAUUGUGCUUUGAGAUAAAGCAAAUAAGAUUAUUUUACAAUUGUUUGUACUAAAUAAAGGUUGAGUUUAGACUGGUUUUGCCAGCUGCGUUGGUAGAAGAGAGGACAUCUACGCACAGAAUAUUAUUUGUACUGUCUGAAUGCGUACAUGCCUCAUGUCAGAUUGGUGUCCCUUGUGCUGGGAACAGUCUUGGGCCUCAGUCUCAUUACAAAGGUUUGGUCAUGUUUCUUGUCAGGCAGGCAUGGCCCUAACGUGCUUUUUCUGCAAAGUGCUAGCUUACCUACACGAUACUUCUGUAUGUUCAAUACUUCUACAAAACAACAUCCCCUAGGCUAUUACAAAGUCAAAUAUAUUUGUGUGUAUAUAUAUUUAUCUUACUAUUAUAAAGUAAUGAAAAUGGUUUGGUGGAAGUCUUCUCCAGUGUCAGUCUGAAUCCCAUGUCCUCACCUGGGUGUUCAUGCUCCAUUCUUAUUACGUAGGCCCUUGCCCUAAUAAAUUUUCCUGUGUUAUUCACUUAGAAGUAAUUUAGAAUUAAUUGCACAUCUUAUACCAUUCUUAACUUCAUUAAACUUGUGUAACAUAUAAACUUGUGUAACCAUCUUACCUGUCAGUCACAGCAUCUAAAGCUAUUUUGACUUUCUGCAAAAGCGUUUAUGAAUAUAUGUACUUUAUAUGAGUACAUUCUGAUUGUUACUCUGGUAGGAACCACAGUAGACCCUGCACAAACAAAAGUUCAUCUCUGCUGAAAGUUCACUCCACAGUUCUCUUUGCUUUACUGUUUCAAAUCUGGUGGAAGGGAUGUGAACACCAUUUCUAGGAGGCAUAUUGUAGUGGUUAUGGUUUAGUGUAUGCAUGUUGAGAUACUCUGAAAAUGGUUGUCCUGGAUGAUUUUGGACUCAUAUAAAUUUAACAGUAUGCUGUGUUUACAGUCUCUUAAUGUAAUUUCUAGGAUUCAACAAAUAUCCAGGUCAUGAAAUUGAUACUUAAAAGGGCAGCUGUGCUUUCUGAAGGAUAAGUAUAAACAAAUAAAUUACACAUUUCAGCUUCUUCCACAUACAGAAUUAUAACUACAUCUAACAAGGAUUGUUGAUGGUGCCAACUCAAAAAUCUUCAUAACUAUCUUAUGUCUUGUAACUAUCUUUGGAAAGGGAACAUUAGCUUUGGUGAAGUAAAAGAAUUCCACUAGAAAUUCAGUGAGCUUUUGGCAGCUGUUUGCUUGGUAUACAAGUGUUAAGGUCAGUUAAACAUUUUCUUGUAGCUCUUUGUUCCAAUAGAUUAGAUACUACUAAUGGCAAUGUGUGUAUAUCUCAUAUUUUGACUAUGGGCUUAUCACACUUAUCAGUGUGGUUACCUGGCAUCUGGGUCAAUGAGCUUAUUACGUUCUAGGCCGCUUCAUCCUUUCUUGUCUUGCGAAAAGGACAGUGUCAAAACAGAAUAGUCUUGUGAACAGCAGAACUAAUGAGGUGUGGUCCUUAUUAGUGGACUUUGUGACAGACUACAGGAACGCUCUUGCCCUCAGAGCUCCCAGGUGGUCCAUUAGUUCAUCCAUAAUGACCAAAAUUACCUUACUAUCCCCAACUUCCUUUUGUUCAACUGCUGGCUGCUUUGUGGCCAUACAUAGGCUGACCAUUUCUUGCCACUUAACUAUCAGGAGCGCAGAAUGCCUUGCCCCUCAACUGGAGAUCUGUAUAGAUAGCUUUGAGAGGUACAUAUAUCUCCCCAAGUAUGUAUUAUGUGGGAUUGACAUCAAUAACUUUGAAGUCUGUGUCAAAUUUCACUGUAAUAGCCAAUGGGCCACUUCUUUCAUGUGACUUUCAAACAGAAAAACAGGUCAAAUGUAUUAACUUUAAGGGGUUUUGGUUUUGGAGGGUUUUUUCGGAAAACCACUAGUAGCUAACCAGGCAUUUGUCACUAUAAGAAAUGUAAACGUUCAGUAUGCAAGCAGAAGAGUUUUGUCAAGUGGUAGGGUAGCUUGAAUUCGGUCACAUCGGAGAACACAUUUGAUCUCACCGUAGGCAAUACCCAGUCACAUACGUCACUUCUCAGGGUCUGAUGCAUCACGUUACAGGAGAUGCUGGAAGGCUGGUUGUGUGACAAGUGCCCAGUGGGACAGAUGAUGGAAGAGCGCUUCAGUAUGUGGCCUUUACCUGCCAUGAUAAGAAGCUGUAUGGCACACAGCUGUAUGUUAAGAAAUAGGAGAUCUCAACUCUAAUGAACUAUCUUCUGGCAUUUGGUUCUUGGUAAUCCACAUAAAGACAGACUUUGUAACAGGAAUCCCGUGGGAGUAAAUGGAGCAAAUAUAAGGAGGCUCAUUGCCCAGCUUUCCUGAACUCCAGAUCUACGCAAUUUCCUCAGGCUUAGAAUGGAAAGAGUGAAUACGUGAGAUUGGCCAUGGGAAGGAGAAGAUGCCUGCUCCAAGGGUGCCAAGUGCUGGCAGCAAGAUCAAUGGAUCUCUUCUAUUCCAGGAGACAUGGAGGUCUAUUUGUGGUUGGAGCUACCUGACUAGAUAAAGUAUAGAUCAGUCUGCUAUGAAAGUACCUCCCAUGAAGAAGACUGCCUGAUGGCUUAGUUUGCUCUGAAUGUAUCAUGUUAUCAGAUAAGCCUUUUCAUGAAAUUAAAAACCAAAACCCGUAUUUUUCUGGUUUCUGGGUUUGGCUUGGAAUUUUUUAUCCCCUUCUUUGUCAAUUCAGUUUCAGGAAUAAAUUGAAGAAACCAUGGCCAAUCAACGGGAUUACAUUAGCAGACCUAUUUGCAAUGGAAUUUCUGUUCCUGAAAAUAAAAUCAAUUCCUUAGUGGCUGAAGGUCAUGGACAACAAAUUCUAAAAGUACUACAAAAGUUCAGAGAACAAAAUAUAUUUUUUGACUUUAAAAUACUUGUGAAAGAUGAAAUAAUUCCUUGUCAUCGUUGUGUACUGGCAGCGUGCAGUGAUUUUUUCAGAGCCAUGUUUGAAGUUAAUAUGAAAGAACGAGAUGAUGGCAAUGUUACUAUUAGUAAUCUAUCACCCAAGGCAGUGAAAGCUUUUCUUGAUUACGCUUACACAGGAAAAACAGAGAUAACAAAUGAUAACGUGGAAAUGCUCUUCCAACUGUCAUCAUUUCUUCAAGUUUCACUCCUUUCCAAAGCUUGCAGUGACUUUCUAAUAAAAAGUAUUGAUCUUGUGAAUUGCUUACAGUUGCUUUCUCUAUCAGAAAGUUAUGGUUCUGUCCGCUUAUUUGAUCAUGCGCUAGAUUUUGUACAGCACCACUUUUCCUUGCUGCUCAGAUCAAGUGAUUUUUUGGAGAUGAAUUUUGAGAUAUUACAAAAAUGUCUUGAGGCUGACGAACUAAAUGUACCUGAGGAAGAAUCAGUGUUGAAAGCUGUCCUUCAAUGGACCAAACACAACUUAGAAACACGACAGAAAUAUCUGCCUAAUUUGAUCAAAAAAGUGAGACUACACCAGUUACCUGAAAAGACUUUGCAGGACUUCCUACAUUCUGAAGAACACUUACUUAAGAGUGCUAAUUGCUUAGUAAUAAUCAAUGAUGCAGUUCAAAGUGUGCAAAACUUUGGUGGACUGUUUCCAGAUGCACGUCCUUCAACAACAGAAAAAUAUAUAUUUGUUCAUAAAACUGAUGAAGAUGGGGAAAACAGACAUACAUUCUGCUACAACAUCAAAACAGAUAAAUGGAAAGAACUACCACAUACACACAUGAUUGAUCUUCCAGGAUCAAGUUUAUCUAGCUAUGGAGAAAAAAUAUUUAUAACUGGAGGAUGCAAAGGGAAUUGUUACAGGACAGUCAGGCUUCAUAUUGCUGAACCAUUUCAUGAUGCCACUGACCAAACCUGGUGCUACUGUCCAGUCAGCAAUGAAUUCUCCAUAGCGUCAGCUAUGAAAAAACCAAGGACAAUGCACACAUCUGUUGUAACCUUAAAUCAGCUGUUUGUAAUAGGUGGAAAGACCAGAGGAGCUCAAGAAACCCGAAGUCUCUUGGAUGUAGAAUCCUAUAAUCCUCUUUCCAAAGACUGGAAAUCUGUAAGCCAAUUACCAAGAGGUAUCUACUAUCCAGAAGCAAGCGCAUGUCAGAAUAUAAUUUAUGUCCUUGGCUCAGAAGUAGAGAUUACUGAUGCCUUUAAUCCAUCUCUUGACUGUUUCUUUAAGUAUAAUGCUAUGACUGAUCAGUGGUCUGAGCUCGUAGCAGAAUUUGGGCAGUUCUUCCAUGCAACUCUAAUCAAAGCCGUUCCGGUGAACUGUACAUUGUACAUAUGUGAUCUCUCCACCUACAAGGUCUACAGUUUUUGCCCAGAAACCUGUGUUUGGAAAGGGGAAGGAUCUUUUGAAUGCGCUGGCUUUAAUGCAGGAGCAGUUGGGACAGAAGACAAAAUUUAUAUAUUAGGUGGUGAUUAUGCUCCAGAAGAAAUCACAGAUGAAGUUCAAGUCUACCAUAGCAGUAGGUCUGAGUGGGAAGAAGUUUCACCAAUGCCAAGAGCCUUAACCGAGUUUUACUGUCAGGUCAUUCAGUUUAACAAAUAUAGGGACCCUUGGUCAUCUGUACUGACAAUUUGCUCUGGAGAAUUUUGAAACUCCUGAGUCAAAAGAAUCUAUUUAAAUGCACAAGCUUUAGAACAGAUUUGUAGGUAUUAAUUUACACAUGGAAAAAGAUGUACUGUUUUGUUUAAAUCUUCAGUUUAAAUUGUAUGCUAUAGAACUGCUUUUGGAAGAGUCCAUUAAAUUGUCAUUUACACUAGUCAUCAUAUAGAAAGUAUUACUUAAUUUUAUAUGCAAGUCUUCUCUGUAAUUAUCUGAAUAAUUUGCAAAAUGAUACUACUUUUCAAAAAAGCAUAAUCAUGAGGAAUUCAUCGUGUAAUACGUGCCAUUAUUUCUGUAAUAUUCACAGUUGUCCCAGUAGACAAAUGGCUGAGUGAGAAAACUGACUGUGAUACUGUUUUCCCUAUGUAACUGAAGUUUAAAAGAAAUCUACAUUAGUGUUGUUUUAUUUGAUUUUUUUAAUAUUCAUAAACCUGUAAGAGAAAUUCAUUGUCAGCUUUAUCUUAUUAGAAUGACCUUAGCAAGGGCAAGAGCCAAAGUGACCUUCACAGCAUUAAAACCAGGUAUCUAACUUGAAGAGACUGAUAAUUCCUAUCAUCUUACUUCAGCUCUUCAGUUUUACCAAUUUUUCUCCAUCCUUGUGCCUUAGUGGUAGCUGUACUUUGUUUUCAUCCCAUUAACUGUGGCAAGAUGAUAAACUUUGAUAACAUAGUGCAGAGUGGGGAAGAUUUCUACAGGAUGGAUGAUUCAUGUGGUAUCUUUGCUUCAGUCAUGCUGUUAACUAAAGAAAAAACAUGUCAGGAUGUUUUCUAACAGAAGUCUUCCAUCUCUGAAGUCUCCAGUGCUACCUACUAAGCAGCCACUAGGCUGCUUAGAGCAGCAAGCUGUAAAAUUUUAGUUGUUGCUUUGGUUAACUACGGGAAAAGUUCGUAUCUUGUCAUACAUCAAAUACAAAGUUACAAAAAUAAAUCCCCAUACUUAUUUAUUUAAAGUCAAAGUAAAUAGUUUUUCUGGAGUGAAAGAAUUCAUUUUUUAAACUUCUAUAGAGGUUUAAAUGAAUUAAAACACUUUAUCUUGUACUUCAUGGUAAUUUUAAGUGUUAAAAUAUUACGUAGUAAACACUACACAAUAUAUAGCUUGAUAAACUUCCAGUAGUCAUCUAUUAUAAUGUUAAAAUUGUAAUGGGCUUUUAGUAUUAAUAUUAGUCUAGGUAUACAUUGUGAAGUAAAUCUGAUCUCAUGCAUACAAAGUGGGACCUGUGUCUAACAGAAGGAUGCUGAAAUUAGCUAGGUUUCAUAAAUUCAUUUGUAAUCUUCCACAGUCCAAAAAUUUUCUUACCAGCUAUUUGAAUAAGAUAUUUGGAGCCCUUGUGUUCCAUAUAGGUAUCAUUUAAGCAGUAAGGUUGUCUUAUGCCAGACAGGAUAGUUCUAAACAUCUAAGCACUUCUUUUCCAAGCAGUUUAAAAAUGAACAAAAUUUGGUGAGGUGUCUAAAAUCUUUCAUGUGGCUUGAGACAACUGCGGUAAGUUCAUUAUCAUAUCACCAUGUACUUUUUGCAAAACUCAAGCUCAGUAUUAAUGCUUAAAACUUAAUAUUGCCUAGCAUCAUACUUCCGUUUUCAAGAGUAAGAAAUGGAAGGUUCCAAUUCUGUGAUUGACUCUGUAAUUUGUUAUCAGAUACCUUUAUAAAUUUAGAUAACAUUCAUCAUAAGUAUUUUCAUAAGUAUGUAAAUGAAAAUGAUGCACAUUUGGAGAACAUAUUAAUAGAGUGGAACCUUUCCAUGCAGUAAUUUAUUUGUAUUAAGAUGCGUGUGAGUUCUAUAGAAGUAAAUAGCUUGUUAUAGUAUUUCAGGCAAGUUCUGCAUUUAUUUUGCUCUCUUCGUAGUGAGUCUCCAAAUCAUAUUCCAGCUACACUUAGGCAGGUAACCUUUACAAUCACCAUACUGAAAUGCAAGCAUUUUUAUAUUGGAACACAACUACUUUUUGUUAGUGCAAAACAAAUGAAUAAUUUAGGAGAGAUGGAGAAUACUAUUCCUACUUACUGAAACAGUAGGAGAAAAAUAAAUGGACAUAUAGAAGAACAGUAGUUUUAGCAUUAGUAAGGCUAGUCAUGGUAGCAUAGGGACUUCAUUAAUCAUUAAUUAUUGCAACUUGUCACUUCAUCAGAAAUGCAAAGUCUGACUCCUCUGCUUGUGUUUUUGUGUUGUUUUUAUACCUGAGUAAGAGUAUGUAAUUUAUGCAAUGAGAAAAGUAACAUAUUAUUCCCAUAGUACAUGGGUAUAAAUAGCUAUGCAAAUUGGAAGAGACUAGAGAACUGCGAAGUUUUUUUUUAAUUGCCGCUGUCAUGACCAAAUUGCUGGGUCACAUAAACAGCAAGUGAGUCAGCAAUUCAGUGAUGCUCUUUCCUCUAAGUUUUUCCUUAGAGCAAAUUUUUUUUGGCAGUCUUCCAUCCGGCUACUUCCUAUAUGUACAAGCGUCUGGCAUAUGAUAUCACAUAGAGCAAUGACAUAUAUGGUAAAUUAAUCAGUAUAUACAGUGAAAACUGAAGCUUUAUUUGGAAAAUAGACAUGCUUCUUUAAUAUUAUAUGCUACAUUUGCACAGGAACUAAUGUCAGUUCCCAGUUUGACAAAUCAUUCAUGAAUUUCAAAUGCCGUUAAGAUCUCUUAUUCACUGAUUAGGAAAUAAUGCAGUAGUGUCAGUUACUUUAUACCGUUACUUACAGAAAAGUUACUGUGAAAUAGUACGAAUUUUCCUCAGUUAUGUAUGUAAGCCUGUAUUGCAACUCUCACAGAGGAAAAAAAGGUCAUUUGCCACAAUUCCACAUACAGAGAGUUAAAUCCGAUAGCAGAAUUGAGUGCAGAAGCAGCUGUGUUAGAAAGUCAUGGCUAAAAACAAGGCUUUAUGAUGGAAUUAAGGCCCUAUGUUCCAAAUCCUGUAAUUAAUCACUAAUGAUGUAAGAAGUCUCAGUGAAGUCAAGUACACUACUCAGAAGAUAUGGAUUACUUGCAUGAGUAACUGCUCUAGGUCUGGAUCAAAUAGAUUUUUCAGUCUACUUUACGCAGCUGUUAUGGAAUUUAAAAAAAAGUCACAAAAUUAGCGCAAAGCGAGUUUUUCUACAUCUUUUCUGACUUUUCAAAGCUCACAGUACUUUAUGAAAAAGUACCUUCUGCUAAAAAUAGUCGAUGACUAGAUUAAUGAUUACAUAUGUUCUCACUGAAAUACAGUAAGAUGUUUAAAACAUACAAAUUGCAUGUAAAGUUAUAAUCUACUAUUUGCACUUAAAUGAUGUAACCAAAACAUUUCUAAUAGUAUUCUAGUAUAUGUCACAGAACACAUUAUAAGCAUGACCAGUAUAAUAUACAUGAAGAUAAUAUAUAUUGUAUGUGGGAUUUUAAUAUCCGGUAAUGAUUAUAUUGGAUAAUUUGAUUUUUAAAGAAUGCUAUCAAAACAUUAUGGCACUUUGAUAAUGGUUUAGUUAUUAUAAUAUCAAUUAUUCAGGUGUUUAUAUUGAUUAUGUUUGCACAGACCUGAUGAUUAUUAUUUAUGUACUAAUGAAUUUAUUUUCUAUAUUCUAAAUACAUUUGUAGCAAGUCAGUUUACUGCUGUUAAAAAAUCAUUAUAUUCACAAAAUGGAGUAGAUUUGUUGGGUCAUAUUUAUUUCUGGUAUUACUCCAUGAAGAAAGCUGUAUACUUCCUCUGAUUAGCAGUAGGUAGUAGGUAACAUACAGGCUAUAGAAUGUGCUGUCUGCAGUUUGUAAUGUGGAGUGUGGUUUUAGGUGUUUCUGUUUGUAGGUGACCAACAGGAGGCAGCAUUAGAUCUAUUUUAAUUAAACCAGACUGAAACCAGGGAUAUGUUUACAAUAUUUAUAGCUGAACAUUAGGCUCAAUUUACUUUUUUUCCCUUCUAACACCCAAUAAAGCAUAGAGAUCAGUAAUGUUUUGCUGCUGCCUGGGCUCUGCUGAUAUGCGGGAAGUAUGAUACUACAUGUUUGCCGAUAUGUUCAUUCUUUUGUGAAAUAAAAGCA